AUGGAGACCCCAACGGUCAUUAUAGAUAACGGAUCAGGGUUUAUAAAGGCGGGUACAAAUACAGAUUCCUUACCUAGUGUUUUUUUCCCUACAGUAGUAGGGUUUCCUCGUCGUCGUUUCUUACAUUUAUUUAAUGAUAAACCCUCGCAAGAAAAAAUAUUUAUUGGGGAUAAAGCUGUAGAGAAUAGGCAUCAAUUAACCAUCGUAAACCCUAUUGAUCAUGGACAUAUUGAUGAUUGGGAACAGAUGGCGUAUGUAUGGCAGCACGUAUAUGAUGUAUUAGGACUAAACCCUUCUGAGCAUCCUUGUUUAUUAACUGAGCCCCCUAAUUGUUCAUCUACUCAUCGUAAUAAAUUAGCAGAAACCCUUUUUGAGGGUUUUGAUGCCCCGGAGGUUUGUCUAGGAGUAACAGGACUUAUGGCUAUCUAUGGCACAGGACAGACAACUGGAUUGGUGGUGGAUAUAGGAGAGGGCGUCACGCAAUGUGUUCCUGUCUUUGACGGAUACCUAGAGGCCUCCUCCUUAAGAAGGAGUGACUUUGGUGGCGAAGAGUUACAAAUGUAUUUACAAAAAAUAUUAUGUGAUAUGGGAUACCAAAUGACGACACGUGACGACUACGAGCACGUCCGCGUCAUCAAGGAAACCCUCUGCUUCUGCUCUUUGGAUCCAGCAUCUGAUCAGCAGAGGACAGACUUGGACAGAACUUAUCAUCUCCCUGAUGGCCUAACCCUAAGAGACGGCGAAACCACGUACCUAAACCCUAAACCCUAA